GCGGGCGGUCAGCUGACGGCGCCGGCUGCGGGCGAGGCGGGCCGGGUAGGAGCGCACUGUCCGCGCUUGCCUUGCCGCCCGGCAUGCUGUGGCUCCUGCUUCCGGUGGCCGGCCUGGCAACACUCCUCAGGGCCGCGAAUGUAUCCCAGAGGACUUUUGGGAUUGAUUAUGGCUGCAACUGCUUUGUCAAGGAUGGACACCCUUUCCGUUACAUCUCCGGUAGCAUUCACUACUCACGGAUUCCCCGGUAUUACUGGAAGGACCGUCUCUUGAAGAUGAAGAUGGCAGGGCUGGAUGCAAUUCAGACGUAUGUGCCAUGGAACUACCAUGAAUCCCAGAUGGGUGUGUAUGAUUUCUCUGGUGACAGAGAUCUGGAAUAUUUCCUGCAGCUUGCUGAUGAAACUGGCUUGCUGGUGAUCCUGAGAGCUGGACCUUACAUCUGUGCAGAAUGGGAUAUGGGAGGUCUUCCAGCAUGGCUUUUGGAGAAAGAAUCUAUUGUUCUCAGGUCUUCUGAUACAGAUUACCUGGCAGCAGUAGAGAAAUGGAUGAGUGUCCUUUUGCCAAAGAUGAAGCCUCACCUCUAUCAAAACGGAGGUCCAAUCAUCAUGGUGCAGGUAGAGAAUGAGUAUGGAAGCUACUUUGCUUGCGACUAUGAUUAUCUACGUUUCCUUCAGAAGCUCUUUCGCCAGCAUCUUGGGGAUGAGGUGGUACUGUUCACAACGGAUGGUGCAAGCCAGCUUUACUUGAGAUGUGGAGCUCUUCAGGGUUUUUACGCAACAGUGGACUUUGCUCCAGGUGGCAAUGUCACAGCAGCAUUCCUAGCUCAAAGGAGCAGUGAACCUACAGGCCCUUUGGUUAAUUCUGAGUUUUAUACUGGAUGGUUGGAUCACUGGGGGCACCGUCAUUCUGUUGUGCCUGCACAAACCAUAGCUAAAACACUUAAUGAAAUCCUGGCAUGUGGUGCUAAUGUUAACCUGUACAUGUUUAUAGGUGGAACUAACUUUGCCUAUUGGAAUGGUGCUAAUAUGCCUUAUAUGCCACAGCCCACUAGUUAUGACUAUGAUGCUCCACUGAGUGAAGCAGGGGAUCUGACUGAAAAAUAUUUUGCCUUGAGGGAAGUCAUUGGUAUGUAUAACCAGUUACCAGAAGGUAUUAUCCCUCCAACAACAUCCAAAUUUGCAUAUGGGAAGAUUCACUUGCAAAAGGUGGGCACUGUGGUGGAGUUUCUUGACAGGCUGUCACCUGCUGGACCAGUGAAAAGCACUUACCCACUAACCUUUGUUCAGAUAAAGCAGUAUUUUGGCUUCGUACUAUACAGAACUAAGCUUCCAAAAAACUGUACAGAGCCAACACAACUGUCUUCACCUUUAAAUGGAGUCCAUGAUCGUGCUUAUGUCUCCGUGGAUGGGGUUCUUCAAGGCAUCCUUGAAAGGGAUAAAUCACUAAUGAUAAAUAUAACUGGGAAGGCUGGAGCAAAUAUGGAUGUCUUGGUAGAGAAUAUGGGCCGAGUCAACUAUGGUAGAUACAAUAAUGACUUCAAGGGUCUAGUUUCAAAUUUAACUCUCGAUCAAGACAUACUUGUUGAAUGGGAAAUCUAUCCUCUAGACAUAGAUGGAGCAGUGAACCAUUCCAUUCAUGGCUACCCUGACCAACCAGAGAGAUAUGUUGGCAAUCCACUAAGUUAUGAAACACCUACCUUUUACACUGGUAGACUUUUAAUUCCUGGCGGGAUUCCAGACUUGCCACAAGAUACCUAUGUUAACUUUCCUGGCUGGACAAAGGGGCAAAUUUGGAUCAAUGGCUUUAAUCUCGGUCGCUACUGGCCAGCCCGUGGUCCUCAGUUGACCCUUUUUGUUCCAAGGAAUAUACUUGUUUCAUCAGUGCCAAAUAACAUAACAGUAUUGGAACUGGAGCAUUCUCCCUGUAGCACCCAGGCAUGCGAGAUAGAAUUUGUAGACAAACCGGUUAUCAAUGCAACUACACUGUAUGAAAAUGUUCCCCCUCCACUCUUUUUUAGAGACAUGUGGCUGAGCUAUCUAUAAUGAUAUGAGUGUUUCCAUAUCUUCCCCCCCCAAUUUGCUUCUUUUUCCCUUUAAACAUAUUUUCGUUUUUUAAAGAGUCAGUGUAAAUCAGUAAGUUGUUUAGCAGAGACAGCUUCUUAAAUUCAUUUUUUUUGUCAGGCUGGCCAGAGUUAAAUACUGAAAUUCUCUUGAAGAAGAAAAGUUGUAGCUUUAGAAUUUACCUUGAACUGUGAAACUGAACUCAUCUAGAAGAUAAUUUUAGCAUCAAAGUGUACUAAAAAUGCAUUCCUGUAGGCUGUUUGCAUUACAGGAACCUUCUGCUUUUUUUUAACCACCUUUUGCAACUGGAGAGAAGCCUACAAAAGGGCUGCACAGUCCCACGAGCCUGCUGGUUACUCACAAAGGCCGGUAGGUCAGUGCUGCCAAUGGGCUAGACAACUUUCAGCUGAUUUUUAUUACCUGUUUAGUAUCCAGUAUCAUUUUAUUCUGCACUGACUGCCAAUGUUGAAUAGACCUGCUUUUUUCACCUCCGUGCAAAUGACCUCUGAAAAAAUCCAUUUGGUUUCUUAUGGGAGCAGUGACAAAUGUGGAAGAGAGCACUCAUGCAAGCUGAUCCAAACGGCAGUAAUGUGGACAGUGGAGAGUAAUCUUGUAGUCUGCUUCUAUCCUGUCUUUGAAAGCCAUUUGACUGCUUCAUUUCUACUAUCUCCAGAGACUUAAAUUAAAUUGGCAAUUACAAGAACUUUAGUGAAAUUUAAGCUUGGUUGGACCAUAGACUCUGAUUAACUUGCCUGCAGAAUACGGUCUUAAAAUAAGCCAUUUUUCCUUUUAAAUGUUUUUUUUUUUUUUUUAAAUGGGUCUGUCAUGCCUCUUCUUCAUAGGCCAUAACCUUCAAAGUAGAAGGUUUUGAAUAAAAGAGAAUUCAAUGUUUUUAAUUUAAGUCAUGCCUUAUGUUUUUUUCUAGUAAAUUGAUAAUCUAAUCUGGUAAAUAGAUAAUCUAAGGGCCUGGUAUUUGCAAAGAUACAGUAAUUGUUGGAAAAGCUGACUUUCUACAGCAGGCUGAAUCUUCUUUUUGAUUCUUAGGAUUUUGGUGUCAAUCAUGCAAACUCUUUGUUGAGAUUUAAACAAAAUAUUAAAAUGACAGAAUCAAGUAUUUUCAUAAUCUGUGGUUGUUCCCUUUCAAUUUCUGUCUCAUGUUAUUAAAAUGGUUCUUUAAGAUUAAA